UAUGGAGCUUGCAAGGCAGUUUAUUAACGUUAACGGGCUUGCGGACAAGACUAGUGUUAGUAUGAGAAGCUGGAUGAACAGACUGACUCGCAACGAUGUAGCCUGCGUGGUCAGUCUGAUACUGGCGCAACUGUCCGGGCUCAGGACGCUCAGCCUAUACACGGGGCCGGGCCUGACUAGCGAUGUAUUUACAAGCAUGCUGAGCGCGGUGUUUUGGCGUGUGUUCUGCCGGACCCCAAGAGCGACGAUGUCCGGGUUCGAGAAGCUGACGAGCUUCGAGUGGCAAGACAGCAUCCGGUCCGACCACUCCAGACGUGUUAUUAUCCUCCCUAUCCUCGGCGCGUGCAACCUCAAACACGCAUUCAUCGCACACAACACAAAAUGGCAGGACGUUCAGAAAGACGUACAGGCUUUCUGGCUCCCGUCCACGACAAAUCUCACGGCCCUCACGCUGCUGAACCCCCUCGUGUCGGACGCAGACAUCAUGAAGAUCCUCACUCGAACGCCGCGCCUCCGGGUCUUCAGCUGGACGUCCCAGCGCCUCGGCACCCAGCCGUUUCACGGCUACAAGCUCAGAGAAGCCCUCCUAUCCUGCCGUCACACCCUAAUCGAGCUCAGCCUCCGCCUCAGCUGCACAUCGUUCUGCGCCCCCGGCGUCGAACCUGUCCAGACGCCCCUGGGCCGGCUGCUAGACUUCACCGCACUCUGCUCCAUCGCAGUCCCCAUUGACGUCCUCCUCGUCCUCGUCCGAGGCCCAGGAGAUACCAAGCGCGUCCUGCCCUCCACGUUCCCGAAGACCCUCCUCGCGCUGACCCUAUUUCCACCGCUCUUUCGUCGCCUCACGACCGCCAUCGAUCAACCGUGUGAGCUGCUCAGGCCCCUGGUCCAGCGGCUGGAGAGUAUGUAUCACCAGUGUACGCCGCGGCUCGCGCUUGUGGAUAUAUUUCUGUCGCGUCCGCAUGAUGUGGCGCGUAGGAAUACGGAGUCGGGAACGGUUCUGUGGGGCACAUAUGGUCGGGUCAUGUGUUUUCAAUUGGUCUAUCGGCGGACUGGAAGGAACUACUAGGCCAGGCUGAACUUGAAAAUGAAAAUUAAUGC